UCCACAGACAGCAGCGCGUGCAGAGUGCAGCAUGCAGACUGGCCAUUGACGCUGCUGUUGGAUUGAACACACAUGCACAGACGCACACACCCCUGAGGAGUGUAUGAGACAUGCCCAGGCUGCUGUCCAUGGACACACACACACUGGCAGGUCACCAGAAAGGAAAUACAGCAGACCCCAGAGCCUGAGGAGCUAUGGAGAGCAGCAUGUUCUUUGGUAACACAUGUCAAAAUGGCCUCAUGCCUGCCCUGGUGCGUCCCACCCUACCUACUGUACAGACCUCAUUGGGCAUGAAGCAGUUUCUCCCGUUUCCAUUGGAUACAGCCUCAGCGAUCCGCCUCUUCCCAGGAUUAAACACGAUGGACCCGGUGCAGAAAGCCGUCCUCCAUCACACUCUUGGCCUUCCUCCCACUGCAAAGAGGAAGCACGUCUCCUGCACCGUUUGUCAGCUUAGGUUCAACUCACAGAGCCAGGCCUUGGCCCACUACAAGGGGACCAAACAUGCCAAGAAGCUAAAAGCCCUGGACGCUCCAAAGACUAAGCUCAAAGGCUCAGUGGUCACCAAGGAAACUGCCAACCAGGAGAUCGCCAAGGGCAUCAACAGCUUGCAGGUCCCCAAUGGCACAGACAGGAAAGAUGCCCUUCCUGGAGCAGCGCCUCUACCACUAUCCCCUGUGCUCAGACUGGCACAACCCUUGGCAUCCUUGACAACGCUUAAAACGCCAACGCCAGCACCUGUGGCCUCACCGAUAGUCCCGAGCACCAUGGCAGCCACAGCCCCAGAGACUACCUCAGCUGCUGGAGGGGACGAGAGGAGGUCAAUGCUCAGCUCACCCUCAGAACCAGACCUGGAGCGUGAAGCCGAACCCGAGGAAGAGACAGACAUGGAAACAGAGGAAGAGAAAGCGCGACGUCUUCUCUACUGCUCGCUGUGCAAAGUGGCGGUCAAUUCGGCGUCGCAGCUGGAGGCUCACAACAGUGGUACGAAGCACAAGACGAUGCUCGAGGCCAGGACUGGCGUGGGCUCCAUCAAGUCUUUCCCACGACCGGGAGUCAAAAGCAAACUGGCUACAUCUCCCAAAUCAGCAACAGGCCUGCAGAACAAAACGUUUUACUGUGAGACGUGCGAUGUCCAUGUCAACUCAGAGACUCAGCUAAAACAGCACAUCAGCAGCCGGCGUCAUAAAGACCGAGCAGCAGGUAAACCAGCCAAACCGAAAUACAGCCCCUACAGCAAACCCCAGAAAGGCCAGACCAAGCAGCCGAUAAAGUUGUCCCUUGGUAAGGAGCGCCCGUGUCAGCCUCUGACUGCUCAGAUCAUACCUGCUCACCUGGCGGCAGUGGCAGCGGCCCUCGGCAACGCUUUCACACAUCGCACAAACCAUGCCACUAACCACAACCCAACCCCUGCCCUCUUCCAGACACAGGCCCUCCCUGCUGCAUUGCUCCGCCCGGCCCCUGGGCCUAUCAGGACCUCCCACCCACAAGUCCUAUUUGCCCCUUACUGACCUGUUUGACCCAGGCAGUUCUGCACCACCUCCUGACCAAAACAUGUGCUUCACCCAGGCAAGGAGUCCAGGAGUCGUGUCAGCAUUGGUACUCCUUCUGUGCAUCCAGGAUACUGAACAUCUUCUCACCUCUCCUUGUACGGAUUAUCCUUCAUUUAAAGCUAAACAGGACUACAGUGAGCUUCCUCACGAUGGAUUUAUUUCCCUAAUCUCACUGAAAACAUGGGCUACAGAAUACAUGUUUUCUGUGCCAUCCUGCAGCCCAAAGCCCAUACCCAUACCCUGUUCUUGGACUUACAUUGUACCGCAAUAAUGUAUAAGACUAACCCCGUGAACUAUGCAGUGUCAUUAUUUCAUGAUGCAAGGCACAGUUUGAGCUAAAAAUACAGUAGGGAUAGGCUUUUUGUAAAGAUACAGUGUGGCACUAAGAUCAUCGCUUUGGUGGAGGAUUACUGUCGCUCAUAAUUUAAAAGGCUGCCUGUCACUGAUCACAAGAGCGAGCAAGGCCCUCCUCUGUUCCUGUAUGCACUUUAAGCCCCUCCUCUGUUGAUGUCUACAUUAGAUGGCUAGACUGUGUUAGGUUGUUAGAGUAUGUGUCGUAAUGUGUGUUUUUUCUAUUCAUCCUUGCAUAUCUGUGUGUGUGCAAGUGUGUACUUCUGCAUGUGUGCGUGUGCUCGUCAAUGUGUGUAUGAAUGUGUGUGUUUGGAUGUGUGUGUGUGUGUGUGUGUCUGAGCUUCCCAUCCACCAUAAGCCGUCAUGGUCGAUAUCCAGCACACAUUGUCACUGACCAUGUCUUGGGCCAGAGGGACCACAAAGGCUUGUGUAUAUUAACUGUCAGUGUGUAAAAGGUGAACAAUUUCAAAU